AUGGAGAUCUCUGGGGAGAAGAAGUACCAGUAUUACAGCAUGCCUUCUUCUUUGCUGCAGAGCCUGGCUAGAGUCCAGCAUCCCCCAAGUGUGCAGAGGGGGGCGCUUCUUGAGAUUACAGACAGUCAGAGACAGGCUUCAAACCUAAGAGAUAAAGGUCAAGAAUCGGUAAAUAGUAUAGUUGCUUCUGGUGUGUCCCCUAACAGAAAAGCACCCUCAAAGACUGGCCAAUUUCUCCUGGUCCCUUCUCAUCUAAAACAAGUUCCUUUUCCUGAAGAAGCUGUCUUGCCUCUGUCCAGACCAUCUGUAGGAACAGGUACAGAUGUGCUGGCAAUGGAACAGGUUCCUCAGAGUGAGUUCUCUGUCCAUCUGUCUUGGCAGAUCCCCAUUGUUUCAGACCAGGCAUCCGUGGCUGAACCCAAGGAGCAAUACGGGCCAAUGGCUGAGAUACCAGACAAAAAAGACAAUGUGGAGCAAGUUCUACACACUUGGGGUUGCACACCUGCACCCAUGACAGUGACCUCCCUUCCUUCCCAAGCCAAGAGCAUGCAGACUGGAGGUGGAUAUGUGAACUGGGCAUUUUCAGAAGGCGAUGAAACUGAUGUAUGUAGCAUCAAGAAAAAAUGGCGGACCUGCUUGCCCUCUACUUGUAACAGUGACUCCACGCAGAGUGAACAAUGCCGGACGCAGAUUCAGGGCAGAUCCCUGUCUGAUAACUCAACAAGUUUGACCCAGAGUAGUGAGUGCUCAGAGCUGGGACCGUGGCAUUGGCCAAACAUGCCUUUUUGGAUCAAUCCUCUCCGGAGAAAGAGGUCCUUCAGUAGGAGUCAUAGUUUUAGAUUCCACAAGGAGGAGAAAUUGAUGAAGAUCUAUAAGAUUAAAAAUCUUUCAAGAUCCUCAGAGAUAGCAGAGUCAGCAUGGGACAAAGCAAAAAUGCUAACCAAGGACAGGAGAUCGUCAAAGAAAAACAAGAAAAAACAAGAACUUCAGGUGCCGGUCAUAACAGUCAAUGGCUGCACUCAAAGUGACCAAUUGAAUUCAGAUACAGGAGAAAACAACACCUCAGAAAAAGAGGACUGCAGCAAGAACUGGCUCACAGUGUCCAAAAACAGUCAGAUGA